GUGUGGGUGACGAAAGCGACAGUAGCCCUUGUUCGGGAUUAAUGUUCUUGGACCUUAUUAAAAAACCCGGCUGAGCGUGGAGUGUUGUAUUGAAUUAUUAUUAAUGUUAUUAAUUGGCAAGAUAACUCUAGUGAAGUAUUGUUAUAUUUUACUAAUUGUUACUAAACAACGUACUUCCGUGAAUGUGAAUGCUAUGAUGUAAAAUAUAUUGUUAGUAUAUUUUUUCAAACAGUCAAUAUUUCAACUUCAAUGUCAUAUAUAACUUUAACUUUAAAGUUUAGAAUAUUUGGAGACAUAAAACUGGACGUGGCGAGUACAUUUCUCUGUAUUGGUGAGUGUAAAAAAAAGAAGCGUUUGUUUCGAGCACCGUGAGUGCCCGCCGCAGCAUCCCCAGUCCUCCGCACCCUGCUCGCUUCUCUACCAGGAAACAUCCAUGAUGGCGCGGACAGAACCGGUACCGAGACGGCAGCUGCUGAUCUGGCUGUUUGUCGGCGUCCUUUGGGCCGGCGUCCAGCGUGUGAACGGGGACGAGGACCAGAACCAGGACACGGACUGUAAAAUGAAGAGCGUGACCGUGUCUGCGCUGCCUUUCCUGCGUGAGAACGACCUGAGCAUCAUGCACAGUCCUUCCGCAUCCGAAGCCAAGCUGCUCUUCUCCGUCACUAACGACUUCCCUGGGAAUGUCGUCGUGGUGGACGACCUGGAAAACACCGAACUCCCCUUCUUCGUCCUCGAGAUUUCUGGGAACUCUGAAGACAUACCUUUGGUGCGAUGGAGGCAGCAGUGGCUCGAGAACGGUACUCUUCUAUUUCAUAUUCACCAUCAGGAUGGCAGCGUCAACCUUCCAGAACCAACUGAUGAUCCAGCAAACAGUUCUGCUAAGGAGGAGAUCCGCAUUCUGCACAUCUCCGUCAUGGGUGGGAUGAUCGCCCUCCUGCUGUCCAUCCUGUGCCUGGUCCUGAUCCUUUACACUCGCCGGCGCUGGUGUAAGCGUCGCCGCAUCCCUCAGCCUCAGAAGAGCGCUAGUGCCGAAGCGGCAAAUGAGAUCCAUUACAUACCCUCCGUGCUGAUGGGAGGCCAAGCCCGAGAGAGCUUGAGGAACUCCCGGGGUCAGGGCCCAAAUUCCAGCGGAACUCUCAGCAUCCGAGAGACGCCGAUUCUGGAUGGGUACGAAUAUGACAUCACAGACCUUCGCCACCAUCUACAACGAGAGUGCAUGAAUGGAGGUGAGGAAUUUGCCAGUCAAGUCAGCCGAACGCUGGACUCUCUGCAGGGCUGCAAUGACAAAAAUAAUAUGGACCUCACUCCUGUGAUUGACAACACAAAGCUGGCGCUGAUGAACAAAUACAAAGACAACAUCAUUGCCACCAGUCCAAUUGACAGCAACCACCAGCAGAACACCUUGCUUCCCCACAACACCUCCACCAGCCAGCGCAAACGUCUCUCCAGCAACACUCGGGCGGGUUCAACCUUCUUGAACCCAGACGGAGACUCUGGCACCGAGGCCGACAGCGAGCCUCAGCUGGCCUUUUACACCGACCCGAACCGCAGUCGCCGCCGGAGUCGAGGUAUGAGAAACGGUAACGCCAACAGCGCAUGGGGCUCAGGGGUAGCAGGUUCCCCUCGGAGCCCCAUCAGUAAGACCACACUGACUCUAAUCAGUGUGAUCAGCUGUGUCAUCAGCCUGGUUUACUGCUCUCACCUGUCCUGCAACCUGUCAGUACGUGUCAUCCUACACGUACCGGAGCACCUCAUCGCUGACGGGUCGAGGUUCAUUUUGCUCCAGGGAAGCCAAUUGGAUGCCUCUGACUGGCUGAACCCAGCACAGAUCUUACUAUACCACCAACAGAAUGCAAGCGGGCCGUGGGUGAAGGAACUGUGUGGACGGCGCCUGCUGGACCCGUGUGAACACCAAUGCGACCAAGAGACAGGAGAAUGCCUUUGCCUCAAUGGAUACAUGAAGGACCCGGUCCACCAGCACCUUUGCAUCCGGAGUGAGUGGGGGCCCAAUCAGGGUCCUUGGCCUUACACCAUCUUCCAGCGUGGUUUUGAUCUCGUCAUGGGAGAGCAACCUUCUGAUCGUAUUUUCAGAUUCACAUACACGUUAGGAGAAGGAAUGUGGCUGCCUUUGAGUAAAAGCUUUGUCAUCCCCCCAGCAGAGCUGGCCAUCAACCCUUCUGCCAAAUGCAAGACUGACAUGACCGUCAUGGAGGAUGCUGUGGAUGUGCGAGAAGAAUUGAUGAUCAGUUCGUCCUUUGACUCUUUGGAGGUGCUUCUGGAUUCCUUUGGACCUGUCAGAGACUGUAGCAAAGACAACGGAGGUUGUAGCCGUAAUUUCCGCUGCAUCUCUGACAGAAAGCUGGACUCCACAGGAUGUGUGUGCCCCCCAGGAUUGAGUCCCAUGAAGGAUGGCAGUGGAUGUUAUGAUCACCACAUCGGCAUCGACUGCUCCGACGGCUUCAAUGGAGGUUGUGAGCAGCUGUGUCUCCAGCAGUUGGCUCCUUUGGAGGAUGACCCCACCCUUUAUAACAUCCAGAUGUUCUGUGGAUGUAUUGAGGACUACAAACGGGGACCAGACGGGAGAUCUUGUCUGCCAUUAUCUGAGUCCUGCACAGAGGGGAUCGACUGCGGGGAGGCUGUAGAUGUUCCGGCAAACCAGACGGUGUUUGGAGACCUUUUCUAUGGAUACAACAACCAUACCAAAGAAAGCACUUCUGGACAAAUCCUCAAGGCCACGUUCAGGCAGAAGAACUUUGCUCGUAGCAUUGAGCAGCAACUCCCAGAUGGCAUGGUGGUGGCGUCUGUGCCAACAGAGGUGGAGUGUCGCGAGGAACUUUUGGACCCUGUGCCAGACCCAGAGUACCUCACAGGCAUGGUGAACUACAGCGAGGUGACUGGCUAUCCUCUUGUACAGCGUUGGAGUCUUCGCUCCGUGCUUUACCAUGUCAAACUCAAUCAGUGGGUCUUAUCUCAAGCCUUUAGUGCGGCGAUCCACUCCCUCGAUGGCGCAACGCAGCGGAGCGACUUUGAGGUCAUUCUGAAGGAGUUUGGGAACCACUACGUACAGGAAGCCAUGUACGGAUUCCAAGAGUCCUGCACCAUUUGGUACCCAAACAAACAGGUUCAGAGACAACUGUGGCUAGAAUACCAGGACAUCAGUAAAGGGAACUCACCUUCCGAGGAAUCGGAGGAGCAUGAAAAGGAGCCCAGAAGUUUGACUUACCCAGCUUACAUAGCCAGUCUGCUGGACACAGGAGCCAAACGGAUGGCAGCAGGAGUCCGGAUGGACUGUACCAGCCAGGGCCAGUGUCCUCGAACCUGCCAUCUCUGCCACAUGAGCCCGAGGGCGACCCAAGGGCGACAGCAAUCCGAGCCUGUCCUCUUGCAAAUCACCAAGGCGGCGCCCAUCUAUGAGUUGGUGUCCAACAACGAGACUUACCAGGCCCUCCAGGAGGCGAUGAUGAGCAUGUUGUGGUGUUCAGGGAAGGGUGACGUCAUCGAUGACUGGUGUCGGUGUGAUUCCAGUGCCUUCGGUGCCGACGGACUCCCGACUUGUGCACCUCUUCCUCAACCAAUAUUGAAACUGUCCUACACCUAUGAGCCCAGCAGCUCAUUGGUCAUCAUGGAAUGGAACCACACGGAGCCACCGAUUGGUGUUCGGAUCAUUGAUUAUCUCCUCAGCCAGGAGAAGGUGACAGAGCGGACGGACCACUCCAAAGUUGAGACAGAAUCGCUUUUGAGCUUUGUGGAUGACAUCUGGUCUGGUGCCAGGUCUCCAUGCGUGAUGUUAGGAGACAUUCCCAACCUCCUCUCCUCAUCUGUCAGCAUGAUCGUUCGAUGCCUGGAGCCUGACACCACAUAUAUGUUUCGACUGUGGGCAGUAGACAACACUGGGCGCCGCUCCAGUCCAAGUGAGGUCACCAUCAAAACUCCAUGCCCUACUGUGGAUGAUGUCAAGGCACAAGAAAUAGCAGAUAAAAUUUACAACCUCUUCAACGGCUACACCAGUGGGAAGGAGCAGCAGACGGCGUACAACACGUUGAUGGACUUGGGCGCCCCGACACUGCACCGGGUGCUCUACCACUACAAUCAGCGUUACGAGAGCUUUGGAGAGUUCACCUGGAGGUGCGAGGAUGAACUCGGACCAAGGAAGGCUGGCCUCAUCCUCUCCCAGCUGAAUGAACUAUCCCCUUGGUGUAAAGGUCUUCUUCAGGAACCCAAGAUCGGCCUUCGCAGGAUGUCUCUCAAGUUCCUUUCCUGCCGCUACACUGACACCAAGACCUUUGGAAUGAACUGGGCAGACAUGGGCCAGGACGUACACAAAGCCUGCGAUGAGCAGAUGCUCACCGUCAUGUACAACGACUACGGCGAACCCAAGGAGUUCUGACUGGAUUUCCCUCGGAAUAUUCCAGCAUAGUCCAGCAAAGGCAAUGUUUCUAACCUUCCACGUUUGUGUCACUGAUAGGAGCCUUGCAGCUUUACUUGUCUUGACUGUGCUUUUUCUAAAUAGAGGCCAUUUAUACACUUUAACAGCUAAGUACAAUACUUCAUGUAUUUGAUCUAGUCGUGUUAACCAUACAAGAAUGGGAUGAUGACUUGCUGGACAAUUUCUCAAGUGCUUCACCAUCCUGCUAUCAUGCGACUACAGAUGCCGCUACAUCGUGCACAUUAUAUCAUCACAAAAACAAGUACAGGAAUUAUUUUCUAGAGGGUUGUUCUCAGCACGGGGCUGCACGGUGGACGAGUUCAAUCCCAUGUUCUCCCCGUGCAUGCGUGGGUUUUCUCCGGGUACUCCGGUUUCCUCCCACAUUCCAAAAACAUGCUAGGUUAAUUAGCGACUCCAAAUUGUCCAUAGGUAUGAAUGUGAGUGUGAAUGGUUGUUUGUCUAUAUGUGCCCUGUGAUUGGCUGGCCACCAGUCCAGGGUGUACCCCGCCUCUUGCCCGAAGACAGCUGGGAUAGGCUCCAGCACUUCCCGCAACUUCUUGUGAGGAUAAGCGGUAGAAAAUGAAUGAAUGUUUUCAGUACGCUUUCUUCGACAAUAAAGAAUUAUUCAGGCUCUUUAGUGAUUAAAUAAUUCCAUAUUUGACAUGUUCUUGUAAUAACGAUGAAUGAUUAUACUGCCGUCAUGACGCCCAUGAUGCUUUCACUGGCUCCCACUUAGCAUCCAACCUGCAUUAGAUACAGUCAGGAAAAAGAAAUAGUAUUCAACGGAGGGAAAUAAGUAUUUGAUCCCAGUACAAAAGUUUUUUUUAGUAGUCCCCACCUCCAUUUUGGUGUCAUCGGAGUACCCCCCCCCCCAUUUCCUGUCAAUCACCACGACAGCAAAGUGUCUUAUUAAUGUCUUAUUAUCUUGCUGACUGGUGCUCCCAACUCCCUUGACAUCAUCAACCACUUCCUCCCUCGUCAUUCCAGGCUGCUGCUUCACCUUUUCUCACAAAUAUUCUUACCUCACCAGGUGAAAUCGUGCAUGGAGCUCCAGUGCCAGGGUCUUUGGUCUUGCCCACGGUGUUGGUGUUGCAAAUCCGUUCAGAUUCGGAGUCCUUUCUUAAAGGUACAGGACUCAUUUGUGUGUUUUAUGGACACAUAUCCGAUCUGUUUGCUGGUUGGUAUAGGGAUCAAAUACUUAUUUUCACUCAAUCAGUCACAAAUUCUUUCAUAGUGUUUUUUUUCUGCCUUAAAAAAUAUAAUAUCACUCUGUUGGCAUAAAUCUACUGUUCAUAGGAAACGUAAUAAACCGGCAGGGGAUCGAAUACUUAUUUCCUCCAGUUCUCAUCAAAGGCAUGCAUACAUUUACAGCUCUCUAUCAAUUCAGAAUAAAAAAAUUUUUUUGGUAUUAAAAUUUUAUGAAGACAGCAAAUGUGAGUCAAAGUCAACAGAAAGAAAGCCGGUGUGAUGUUUACACGGAAAGUUGAGUUUGAUGCGUGUUGAUGAUGCAACAGAUGGCACGGGUGAUUGUUGAACGACACGUAGCAUUUUUCCAAAGUAAUACGUUUACAUCCAACCCCUUUAGCAAAUUUGGAAUGAAGUUGUAACCGAUGUGGACUUCAUGGUCAUUACUGUUCGAUGUAUUCCUGGAACUGACGACAAAAAAAAAAAGUGAUGAUUCUGUAAUCGUUUACACGAGCUUUGUCUUGAUCCCUUUCUUUUCUGUUGUUUUAUUUGAUGUUAUGUAAUUCUACUACUAUACAGUUUGGUGUCAAAGAAAUGUACAGGUCAGAAGUUUACAUUAAUUUUGCAACUUAAUCCUUUAUUUCAUUCAUUCUUUCUGCAGGAUGAAAUGAUUUUUAAACACUAAAAUAUGUCUCCUUUUGAAAUUAGACAAAAAAGUUUUUAAAAAGUUAAUUAAAAAUUCUACACCCAAUUCAUGUUCUUCCGUAAAAAUGCGUAUUGUCAUUCCAUCCUGCAAAAAGGAACAUCUCAAAUAAAUGAUUAAGGGUCCAGUGACGACUUUUUGACCACCACCUGUAUAUCCUGAACAAAGUUCAUUUCAACUAGAUGCUUAGAUAGAGUAUACGUAUGUAAUAUCAAAAUAUCAUACCUGCAUUGUAUCACCACAGAGUAGUAUCUUCUGGAUGUAAAAACAUGUACAGGUGGGAUCAAUGAAGAUAUGUGCUUGAGUAGAUCAUGUUAGCUGCUAAACGGUAUUGUAAUAUUUGCUGUGGCGUUCUAAUGUGAAAAGCAGAUUUGUUGAAUUUUUAAAUAUGAUCAAAAUAUUGUUGGAUAUUUUACCUAACUCCAGAAACAUAUACCCGUAUUUUCCGGACUAUAAGUCGGCACUUUUGUUCAUAGGUUGGCUGUUCCUGCGACUUAUACUCCAGAGCGACUUAUAAAUGAAAAAAGUGUUUAUGUUACAUAAACACGGGACACAUUUUCUGUUUAUGUUUAUUUUUCAUGGAGCUGAAUAAGCAUUGUGUUAGCAUAUCUUACACCUAUUCAGCCUGUUCUCUAUUUUUUUAUUGUUAGAACUCGCCUUCCAAGAGGACGUAAUGUCUGUUUUGGUCAUGUAGUUUUUAAAAUAACCCGCAAAAAAUGCGACUUAUACUCCAGUGCAGCUUAUGUUUUUAUUUUUCUACCUAAUUAUGCAUUUUUGGACUUGUGCGACUUAUACUACGGAGCGACUUAUAGUCCAGAAAAUACGGUACUGUAAUAUUUUCAAGUACAUGUCAAAGGUAACAAUCUGCAUGGUCCUGUCUAUCAAUGUAUGUGGCUUUUUCACUUUGCUACUUCAACAAUAAAGACGUGAAAUAUGCUCUCUACUUCAAAAUGAAACAUAUCCAUUUUCAUAAGUUUUUGCUAAUAUACACCACCACUCAAAAGUUUGGGAUCACUUGCAAA